CAUCUUUUUGUUCUCUCCCUAGCUAGAUUCUUCUUCUUCCUCCUUGGAAUUGGGUUUGCUCUCGUAAAGCCUUUCUUCGCCAAAAAACGCCACUUGUUAAUUUGAUACAGUGGAUUAGGGUUUUGUGUUGAAGCUCUUCUGAUGGCGAUUGUAUAAUAAUAUAUAUGCUUUCAGGAUGGGUUUCUCCCAGUCUCAGGCCAUUCGCCUGAAUCUUGCUUCCUACUCCUCUCUCUCUCCCUGCCAGUAUUGUUUGACUAGAGUAGCCAACCAGAAGCAGAAGAGUCUUGUCGCAUUCCCGAGCAUUAUAAGGACAAAGAGACAUGCUUUACUAAGUGUUCAAUCAGUCUUGCACAAUACAAGACCCAACAUCAAUGAUAAUGGAACAGCUGAGUCUGCUAAUGUUCUUUUCGAUAAAUUAUUUGCUCGGACACAGAGAUUGGAAAGACAAACCAAUCAACACUCGGUUUAUCCUGACGAUGAUGAUCUGCCCUAUUCAAACAUUGGGGUGCUUGAGUCUGACCUCGAGGCUGCGCUAGUGGCUUUGUUGAAAAGGGAAGAGGACUUGCAGGAUGCUGAGCGGAAGCUUCUCUCUGAUCAAAAUAAACUAAACCAGGCAAAGGAGGAGUUAGAAAAACGUGAGAAAACAAUCUCUGAAGCUUCUUUGAAGCAUGAGAGUCUACAAGAGGAGCUGAAGCGGGCUAAUGUCGAGUUAGCUUCUCAAGCCAGGGAGAUAGAAGAAUUAAAGCAUAAGCUAAGGGAAAGAGACGAGGAACGUGCUGCUUUGCAAUCGUCUUUGACUUUGAAAGAAGAAGAGCUAGAGAAAAUGCGUCAAGAGAUUGCAAAUAGAAGCAAGGAGGUUUCUGUGGCUAUUUCUGAAUUUGAAAGCAAGUCACAACUCUUAAGCAAAGCCAACGAAGUUGUCAAGAGACAAGAAGGUGAAAUACAUGCACUUCAGAGAGCCUUAGAGGAGAAGGAAGAAGAACUAGAGAUUUCUAAGGCUACCAAGAAACUUGAACAAGAAAAGCUCAAAGAAACAGAAGCCAACUUGAAGAAGCAGACAGAAGAGUGGCUGAUAGCCCAGGAUGAAGUGAAUAAGCUUAAGGAGGAAACAGUGAAACGCUUAGGAGAAGCCAAUGAAACCAUGGAGGACUUCUUGAAAGUGAAAAAGCUACUGACUGAUGUGAGAUUCGAGCUUAUUUCUUCUCGGGAAGCUUUGGUAUUUUCCAGGGAGCAAAUGGAAGAAAAAGAGCUACUAUUAGAAAAACAAUUGGAAGAACUCGAGGAACAGAGGAAAAGUGUGUUGUCAUAUAUGCAAAGCUUGAGGGAUGCUCACACUGAAGUAGAGAGUGAGAGAGUAAAGCUCAGAGUUGUUGAGGCUAAGAAUUUUGCGCUUGAGCGGGAAAUAUCGGUCCAAAAAGAACUGCUGGAGGAUUUACGAGAGGAGUUGCAGAAAGAGAAACCAUUGUUGGAGCAAGCUAUGCAUGAUAUAUCCGUUAUUCAAGAUGAGCUUUACAAAAAAGCUAAAGCGUUUCAGGUAUCACAGAAUCUACUUCAGGAGAAAGAGGCAAGUUUGGUGGAGGCCAAACUAGAGAUUCAGCAUCUGGAGUCCGAACAGGCUUCUCUAGAACUAUUACUGCAAGAAAAGGAUGAAGAACUCACGGAAGCUCGAAAUAAAUUGGAAAAAGUGAACCGGGAGGUAACAGAGCUAAAGGCACUUAUGAUUUGUAGAGAAGAUCAGCUUAUGGAGGCAACUGAAAUGCUGAAAGAGAAAGAUGUCCACCUUCACAGAAUAGAAGGUGAGUUGGGCAGCUCCAAGCUGAAAGUCACUGAAGCUGAAAUGGUGGUGGAAAGAAUUGCAGAAUUGACGAGCAGAUUGCUUAUGUCAACCACCGAAGGUCAAAAUCAGAACGCAAUGAGGAUUAACAAUGAGAUAAGCUUUGACGCAAUGCAGCAACCACUAGAGAAACCUCAUGAUGAUUACGGAAUGGAGAACAAACGACUGGUGAUGGAGUUAAGCUUCACCAGAGAAAAUCUACGGAUGAAAGAAAUGGAAGUUCUAGCAGUGCAGAGGGCAUUGACAUUUAAAGACGAAGAGAUCGACGUGGUCAUGGGAAGAUUAGAAGCCAAGGAGCGGGAACUCAAGAAACUGAAAGAAGAAACGAUCAAUGACAGUGAAGAUUUGAAAGUGCUCUAUGCCUUGGCACAAGAGAGAAUAGGGGAGAAAACAAUGGGUGAGCUAGCCAUAGAGAAGCUUCAGCUUGAGGCGGCUCAACUUGAAGUUGAAGCUGCAACCAGUGCAUUACAGACGCUUGCAGAAAUGAGCAUGGAACUUCUAACUCAAGCUGACAUGAGCAUUGAGGCCGACCCAGCUUACAUAGUAAUGCCAGAGCAAGGGUAUUCAGAAGGAAGUAAUGGGUGUAUUGCGGAGGUAAAAACAGAAGUUGUCAGGCUCUGGUCCUUGACAGAGAAACUCCUGGAGAAUGCAGGAAUGAAAGGUGUGACUUUAUGAAGCUUUGUUUAACUUUAUAAGCCUGAUCUGAUCUGUCUGAUUCUUUUGUGGAUAUGUAGAAUUACCGGAAGUUAAAUAUGUUGUCACUAAGUGGUCUCAAAACUGAGAUAUGUUCCGCAUUACAAGGCUUGUAAUUGUCUGAUCAGUUCUUGAAAAUACUAUGCUUGCAUCAAACUGAAUUAUAUUUCACACUACGAUAAAGGAUUAUAACAGAAUUUUUUGAAGCA